GCAGCUAUCAGAGCAAAAGAGAAGGAAGGGCAGAAAGCCGCUCGGGAAAGGUACAUCCAGGUCUUUCGAGACGUCCACGGUCCUUUGACCGGAGCCCUUGUCUGCGCCUUCAAAGGCUGGCGAGGUGAGGCAAAGCAUUUGAAGGCCUGUGAUCAGUACGCGGCUUCCUAUUACGACACAGAGGGCCGAUGCUGGAAACUUCUGAAGGAUCUUGAGGCACACUUUGGCAAGCUGCUGGAGGAGGGUAAGGAGAACGAUCUGCCGGACAUUGCCGCGGCAAAGGAGGCAAUCGCAACGGAUGAGAACGGCCGCGUGAUCAACAUCGCCAGGACACAAAACAAAGUCGAAGACUGGACGCAGAGUCAGGCUCGCGAUCCGAACAAGCCAGUCGUGCCGCU